AUGGAAACCGAGGAAAUCAUCAAACUGGUCGAUGGGAUCUAUAAGAACAUACUGGAUAAGUUCAACCCCGGAGCACGACAGUUGAUCAGUGCCGGUAAGGCGUAUCUGAAGGCGCUACAUGGAGCAUCCGCCGCGUCGAACCUCUUCAAUGAGGCGCUUGCCAAGAUUGCCGUCAACGCACAGCAGGGUGGAACCAUCGAUAUUGGUUCCGCCUUGAUGAACAUUGUCGGCGUGUAUAAAGAGAUCCAGGACCAGCACAUGAAUAUCCUGAAGGCAUUUUACGUCGAUCUGCUGGUGCCGCUGGAAACGAACCUCGAAAAGGACACCAAGGUGGUGCAGUUCGAGCAGAAGAAGUUCCUCCAGCAGCACAAGAUGCGCUCGGACAGCUACAGCAAGGCGGCCGCCACGAUGAAGAAGUACCGCAAGAAGAACUCAAAGAACACGCCCAAGGAGGCGGAGAAGGAAAUCAAGAGCAUCCAGGCGUUCGAGGAGGAGAAGCACAAGCUGGACCAGUUCUGCGAGCAGAGCCUGAAGAACGCCAUGACGCAGGAGCGCCGGCGGUACGGGUUCGUGCUGGAGCGCCAGUGCUCGCUGGCCAAGCACUGGAUGGCGUACCAUCACUCCGGGCACGUGAUCAUCGAGAAGUCGCUGGACAACUGGAACGACGUGGCGGCGACGCGCGAAUUCCUGCCCCCGAACGUGGAGAACAUGUUCUCGGCCAAGCAGGCGCUGCGCGACGUCGACGACGAGGACGACGAGGAUCGGGAGUCGAUCGCGUCCCAGCUGCGCAAGACCCGCUCGAUCGAUGCGUCCUGUCUGGAUAUGCGCUCGCUCGGGGACGUCGCGAACAGCACGCUCCAGAUGCCGCGGGCCAAGUCGGAGUUUAAUCUGAACAACAACGGAACGAUGGGACUGGGUGGUGGUGGUGGUGGCGUUGGACACCAUCACGGACACCACACGACGAUGAUGAUGAUGGUGGGAGGGCGAGGCCACGAUGCGGCCAGCAUGAUCGGGGGCAUGAGCAACGGCAAGCCGGACAUUUCACACUGGGAGCGGCCGACGGUGAAGGCGCUGUACGCGUACCUGUCGUCGGGUGAGAACCAGCUCAGCUUCCUCGAGGGCGAUCGGAUUGCGCUGGUGGGCGAUCGGGCGAAGGGUUGGCAGUUCGGUGAGAACUUGCGCACGCAAAAGUUCGGCUGGUUCCCGAUCGCAUACACCGAGACCGAGCGGGACGACAAGGAGAGCAUCAGCGAGUGGGUGAAGGCACCACCGAGCGACAUCGAGAUCGAACACACGCCGGACACCUCGCUCGAGAGCACGCUGGUCGACGACAGUCUGUCCAAGAUGACCGGUUCGUAUCACGGCGGAGAGGACGCCUCGCCGACGCGCAUGUUCGGCGACACCAUCCAGUACCGGCAGUCGAAACAGUUCCGCCGGUUGUCGCGCGGCGAGAAGCCGCCCAAGCCCGGUCCACCACCGCAGUUGCCAGCCCCCGUGCCGACGCCCGUCGUCCCGAACAGCUACAACGGGGGCAAGCAGCGUCACGAUGGUGGCGGUCCAUCCGCAUCCGGCGGUGGUGUACCGCAGUCGAACAGCUUCUCCUCUUCCGGGGCGCCCCCGAUGGCGGACAAACGCAAAUCGGGCUCGGCUACGAUGAAUUUCAGCAAGCCGCCAUCGAGCGGCAACCAGAAACCGAAGGCGUCCCGCAACGGAAUGGCCAGUGCCUCGCUACACAGUAGCAACGACAGUGGAUUCUCCAACGAGCCGCAGCCCCAGCCGGAAGCGGACCUGUACUCCGACGAGGAACCGGUCAACCGAGUGCCAAUCAGAUCUGCCCGGUCGGAGAAGAACCUGCUGAACGAUCAGACGAUGACACGCUCGAAUGGACGGGACAGCAGCGUUCCCUCGCCCCGGUAUGACGAUGACGACAUCUACGGGACGAUCGUGCCGCCCCGUCCGCGCCACCAGACCCAGAUGAUGCGCCAGGCGAACAGCUACGGUAACAUCGCCGAAAGCAACUCCGGUACGCUCGAGUACGGCUAUCGCUCGCGGAACCGUGGCACGGCCGAGGGUCAGCCGAACCAGAGCGACUCGCAGAAGAUCAAGCGCACGAAGUCGUUCUGGAAGUUCUCGAAAUCGGAAGACCACAUCCUCGAGGGGAUGGCGAUGUGGAAGCACAACGACAUCAUUCCGACCGGGCGUGAAAAGCGCGAAAUGGAGAAGAAGGAGGCGACGCUGAAGCGCAACAUGCGCAAGAAGGAGCAGCUGGAGAAGCAGAAGCAGAAGGAGAUGAUCGCCGCGAAGGCGGAAGAGGAGCAGCAGAAGGAACAGAAGGAGCGCCGCAAGGAGAAUGGGGCGCGCUCCAAUGGAGGCGCCUCGGCGAACGGUAUGAUGAUGGAAAGUGACAGCAACACGAGCACGCUGGUGCGCAGCAAUCCGCGGGAGUCGCGCGAUCGGGAACGUGAUCGGGAUCGGGAUCAGCAGCGGGAGCCGAUGCGCGAGCGACCGCACAGCAUUGCCAUGAUGCCGGAGCAGGAAAAGUUCCCGAUCACCAAGUCGGACAUCGACAAGCGCAUCUCGAAGAUCGACCAGGAGUUCCACCACCAGCACCAGAAGAAGUCCAGCCGUGGGGGGCAGGAUGCGGAACAGGAUGCCCGUGGUGGACGCUCGGGGCGCGACCGGGACGGAGAUCGCAAGCCAUCGAAGGGUGGUGGUAAAAACGAUGGCAACAACAACGGCAACGUCAACAAUCGCCACAGUUACGCCGGAGAUCAUGGACACCGUCACCACUCGCACCACCAUCAGGACCAGGAGCUGUACGGUGAGGCCCCGGUGAUGGCGGGAGGCGGGAAGCAGGGAAAGGAUGGCAAGUAUCGGACGACGGAUCGCGAGACGAGCCGGAACCGCAACAACGACGCACUGAACAAGUACUACCAGGACCAGACGUUCGACGACUUCUCGAUCAUUCCGAGCGACUCGAUCAUGAUGCAGGACACGAGCUUCUACGACGACGAUGGCAUGAUGGACGAUAUGAUGCUGAUGAAGACGGUGCGCCGCAAGGAGAUCCUGAAGCAGUACUACUCGAGCGGCACCGACACCGAGCGCAACUCGUCCAGCUCCGAUCCGUACGACUGCAUCGUGGUGGACGAUCAUCUGGUGGCGACGGAAGGCCGUCCGGAUCGGAAGUCGAACGGCGAUGGCAUGAUGCGCAUGAUGUCGACGGGAGAUCGACGCUCGGAGAAGAAAAGCAUGCCUGAGGACAAGAUGGCGUUUUCGACAUUCCGCGGCGGUGCUUCCGGUGGGAAUGGGGGUGGAAUGGGCCAUCAUGACGACGACGAUGACACCAUGAUGGCAUCGAUGACCCUUGACGACGAGCUGAUGGACGACGAACCUCGGCAUCACCAGCAGCACCAACAGCAACAGCAGCAGCAACAACAACACCAGCACCAGCAACAACAGAUGAUGACGCGCGAUCGCCGAUCGAAGGGGUCGAAGAUGAACGGCAACGGGGGCAACAACGGACCGCAGGAGUCGAAGUACGAGUCGGAGCAGGAGUCGCGCAUCAGUGCGAAGGUGCAGAACAACGGUCAGCAGCAGAAGCGCAAAUCCACCAAAUCGAUCGCCUCGGACGGGAAAGCGUACGGUCCGUGGUACGACCUCUGGGGCGCGGACAGCUCGGUCCACAACCAGAAGCUGUAG